AUGAAUCCUGAAGCAUCCAUGGUUAAUCUUGUUGAUAAUGAUGAAAUGGAUGAUGAAGUUGAAGUGAAUAUGCCGAUGGGACCUCCCUCAAAAAAGAAACCUUCAACUAGUGAAAGUGGGUCAUCCACCGCUAGCAAUGUCAAAGGAUUGCCUUUCAAUUGUGUUAACUACACCGAAAGUUUUGGUGAAUUCAUUGAGUUCGUAGGCCAAUAUGGCCCUGGAAUGAAGCCCCCUACCUAUCAUGAGGUAAGAGUUACUUGUUUAAAAAAAGAGGUGGAAAAGACAAACAAAAUUGUAGAAGAUCAUAAGGUUCAAUGGAAAACGUAUGGUUGUUCCAUUAUGAUGGAUAAAUGGACAGCAAGGAAUGGGAAAAUGAUCAUCAAUGUUUUGGUGAAUUCUCCAAAAGGGAGUGUGUUCCUUGAAUCUCAUGAUGCUAGUAACUCUUCUACUGAUUCUAAUAAGAUGUUUAACUUGUUUGAGAAGACUAUGUUGAAAAUAGGCAAGGAAAAUGUGGUACAAGUUGUGACCGAUAACGCAAUUUUUGGUAAGGCUGUUAAGAUACAUUCUUAUAUCAGUCAAAGGGCACUGUUGUUGAAUAUGAUGAGGAGAUACACAAAGCAAAGAAACUUGGUAAAACCUGCUAAGACAAGAUUCGCAACAACUUUUUUGACAUUGCAUAGUUUUUAUAUGCAAAAGAAAAAUUUGAGAACCUUGUUUAUGUCCACUGAAUGGAAUGAGAGUGUCUAUGCAAAGGAAACUCUUGGGAAAGAAGUUGCGAGACACAUCAUCAGUCCAUAUUUUUGGAAUGACACUGUUCAAGCACUUAGAGUUGGUGGUCCUUUAAUUAAUGUACUUCGUAUGGUGGAUGGGGAGAAAAAACUACCAAUGGGCUACAUUUAUGAAGUCAUGGAUAGGGCCAAAGAAAGUAUUGAAAAGGCAUUCAAUUAUGAUGACAGAAAAUAUAUGAAUGUUUUCAAAAUCAUUGAUGCAAGGUGGACGGAUCAACUUCAUCAACCUUUACAUGCAGCUGGACAUAUUUUGAACCCGAGGCUCUAUUAUAAAAACAAUGAGAUGAAGACUUUAACUGAAGAAGUAUGGUUGGGAUAUCAUGCAUGUGUUGAGAGGAUGAUCCUAGAUAAAACUUUGCAAGACAAAAUAGGGGAUGAGCUUGGUGUGUACAUGAAAGCUGAUGGGCUACUUGAAAUUGAGUCGGCCAUUAGAGCUUGA